UAUUUCCGACGCAACCCAGAAGUGGAGCUUCAGAGCUCCCCAGAGGCGGGAUGGCUGCUCGGACCGCGCUGCUCUUUCUCCUGGGAGCAGCGGGAGUGGGUCCAGUCCCCUCCCAAGGCUCACGGGGGGACCGAGAGCCCGUCUACCGUGAUUGCGUGGCUCAUUGCGAGAGGCGCAACUGCUCCGAGGCCGGGCUGCGGCACUUCCGCUCCCGCCAGCCACUCUACAUGAGCCUCACAGGGUGGACCUGCAGAGAUGAUUGCAAAUAUGAAUGUAUGUGGCUGACUGUGGGACUUUAUCUCCAGGAGGGAUCCAAAGUGCCUCAGUUUCAUGGAAAGUGGCCCUUUUCUCGUUUCCUGUUUUUUCAGGAGCCUGCUUCUGCCUUUGCUUCAUUCCUUAAUGGUCUUGCCAAUUUGAUGAUGCUGAACAGAUAUAAAGCCACUGUUCCCCGUUCUUCUCCUAUGUACCAUACCUGCAUUGCCUUUUCUUGGGUGUCUUUAAAUGCCUGGCUCUGGUCCAUGAUUUUUCAUACCCGAGAAACAAAUCUAACUGAGAAAAUGGACUAUUUCUGUGCAUCAGCAGUCAUCCUUUACUCUGUGUACUUGUGUUGUGUCAGAACUUUAGGGCUGAAACGUCCGGCUUUUGCCACUGCCUUUGGGGGUUUCCUGCUCCUUUUCCUGGCCUGCCAUGUUUCCUAUUUGACCCUUGUGCACUUUGAUUAUGGUUACAAUAUGGCUGCCAAUGUGGCAAUUGGCCUUCUCAAUCUCUUCUGGUGGCUGGGUUGGUGUAUGCGGAACCAGCAACGCCUGCCCUAUGUCUGGAAGUGUGUGGCAGUUGUCCUGCUUCUCCAAGCCUUGGCUCUCCUGGAACUCCUGGAUUUCCCACCCCUGUUUUGGGUCUUUGAUGCCCAUGCCAUCUGGCAUAUCAGUACCAUCCCUGUCAAUAUCCUUUUCUACAGUUUCCUUGUCGAUGACAGUCUUUAUCUCCUGAAGGCCAACUCUGAGAUUCUUAAAAGAGACUAAAACCUGUGGCAGAGGGUAACUUGGAAAAAGCCAUGGGCUGCCAUCUAUAAAAGACACCCUGUUGCUUUGCUUUCUAGCAUCUGAGGAGUUUGAUGUUGUAAGCCCACUUUGCUCUGAAGAUUGGUGACAAUUUCCUCUCUACUGCUUCUGUUUUUACAUCUCAAAAGCUUCCCUUUCAGAAUUCUGUUGCCAUAGUGUGAUAGCCUGAUUGCCUUUUGUUUUG